CGACCUCGCCGACGGCGACGCAGCAGGUCGAGGCGGCUCCACCGGGUGCUGCGGCCGCUGCCUGCCCGUCGAGACCACGGACGCGCUCAGGGAGAUGAUGGACUUCACGCUGCUCAAGGACCCCAUCUUCAUCCUCUUCACCGUGUCCAACUUCCUCACGAGCAUUGGCUACAACGUGCCGUACCUCUACGUCGCGGCGGGCUGGCUGCUGGCCGCCAUCGGGUUCGCCAACACCAUCGGCCGAAUCGUGCUGGGCUACAUCUCCGACAAGCCGUGGGUGGACCGCCUGCUCGCUCAGACUACGAGGCCUGAACACGCAAAUUUCAUUACGCCCCUUUCGCCAUCUUGGAACGAUCAUUGGAUUAGACUUCUCCAUUACAUGGGAGGCUGGCUGUACGACGCGACGGGCUCCUACAACCCGGGCUUCAUCGUGGCCGGGGUGACGAUGGCGCUGAGCGGCGUGAUGCUGUUCGUCAUCCCUCCGGUGCAGCGGCGGCUGGCCGCCAAGCGCAGCCGCCAGGAGGCGCUGGAGCUGCAGCCGACGACGGCGACGACGCUGACGACGACGGCUGCAGCCAACGGCGACGCGCUGGGCGUGCACUGCUGA